AUGUGGUCUAGCGGCUUGGGUGGCGAUGCCUCUCAUCGUAGGGAGCUUGGAGUGCCAGUGAAUCUAUGGCAUCGUGAAGAUGCUCAUAUCGAUAGGAGAAUAUCAACUGGAACUACGCAGGACUUGGAAGGUCAUAAUGAACAUGAUGACUCUGACUCGACCGGUAAUGGAGAGGGCACCUGGGGUGAAAGAGAUGUUGGUCACUUUGACGAACACGAGGCUAUGGAGGAGCUAGAGGUACUAAGACACAACCUCUCACGGCUACAAGGAACAAGAACGAGGGACUCACGAGCCAGCGGACACUUCGAUUUGACUCAAGUUCGCAGUCGUCGUAGUGAAGCAGCCGAUGCACUUUCAACACAUGCUCGAGCUGAACUCGGGGACGACGAAAAGGCCGUAACAGAGGAGGAGGAAGAAUUCGAGCUGGGAAAGUUCAUGCGUGAUGGCCACUUUGAAAAGCGUACAGAACACGGCUCUGAGAAGCGAGUCGGUGUCAUAUAUAAGAAUCUCACAGUGAAGGGUGUGGAGAGCGCCUCUUCUUUCGUUCGUACACUCCCGGAUGCCAUAAUUGGAACAUUCGGUCCCGACCUAUACCACAUUGUUUCGCGUUUCUUUCCCUUUUUGCGAUUCGGCAGAAAUCAGUCGACGCGUAUAUUAAUCAACGACUUUACGGGAUGUGUGCGCGACGGCGAGAUGAUGCUUGUUCUGGGCCGUCCCGGUUCCGGAUGUAGCACAUUUCUUAAAGCCGCCAGCAAUAACGUCGAUUCAUUUGCGGCCAUCGAAGGAGAAAUAUCAUACGGCGGUAUUCCAUCCAAGAAGCAGAAGCAGAUGUAUCGAGGUGAAGUAAACUACAACCCCGAGGACGACAUUCACUUCGCUUCCCUUAAUGUCUGGCAAACUUUCACAUUUGCGCUUAUGAAUAAGACAAAGAAGGGUGCUAAAGAGGAAAUACCAAUCAUCGCUAACGCCCUAUUAAAAAUAUUCGGUAUCGGUCAUACCAAGUAUACACUCGUUGGCGAUGACUACACUCGAGGAGUGUCCGGCGGCGAGCGUAAACGAGUAUCCAUUGCUGAAACGCUCGCAUCAAAGUCCACCGUGAUGGCAUGGGACAACUCAACUCGCGGUUUAGAUGCCUCAACAGCUCUUGACUAUGCCAAGUCACUAAGGAUUAUGACCGACAUUAGCAAUCGGACAACACUCGUGACACUAUACCAAGCCGGUGAAGGCAUCUACGAGCUCAUGGACAAAGUCCUAAUCAUCGACCAAGGCCGGCAGAUAUUCUCAGGACCAGCUAAGGAUGCGAAGCAAUACUUCAUAGACCUUGGGUUUGAAUGUCCCGAAAGGCAAACUACGGCGGAUUUCUUAACCGCUGUCACGGAUCCAAAUGAGAGGCGUUUCAGACCUGGGUUCGAGGACCGAGCACCGAAAACGGCCGAAGAGCUGGAGACGGCCUUCCGUAACUCGCCGAACUACCAAAAGCUGUUGGAAGAUGUCAAAGAUUAUGAAGAGCAUCUUCAGCGCACAGAUUUCGCAGAUGCGAGGAAAUUUGAAGGCGCCGUGCAGGAGGCUAAGUCGAGGCACGUUAGCAAGAAGUCCCCCUAUACAGUGUCGUUCACUCGCCAGGUAUGGGCGUGUACCAAACGAGAAUUCUGGCUCUUAAUCGGGGAUAAAAUGACUCUCGGGACGAAAUUCUUCAUUACAAUUUCUAGCGGUCUCAUAGUCGGCUCCAUCUACUUCAAGGAACCGUUCUCAACUGCGGGGGCUUUCACCCGUGGUGGCGCCUUGUUCUUCUCCGUGGUCUUCCUCGGCUGGCUCCAGUUAGCAGAGCUCGGGAAGGCCGUCGGUGGCCGUGCGAUCGUCGCUCGACAUCGGGAUUAUGCCUUCUACCGCCCUUCUGCCGUGUCGCUUGCCCGUCUUAUUCUAGACUUCCCACUCAUAUUCGCUCAGGUUUCUGUAUUUGGCAUAGCCAUGUAUUUCAUGACGAACUUGGAUGUCGAUGUAAGCAAGUUCUGGAUAUACUUAUUAUUCGUUUAUACCACGACGAUAAUGAUCACGGCCCUCUACCGGAUGUUUGCUAGUUUAUCGCCGGAAAUUGACACCGCUGUGCGCUUCUCUACCCUUGCUCUCAAUUUGCUUGUUAUUUUCACGGGGUAUGCUAUACCCAAGACACAACUCUUAGACAAGUACAUCUGGUUCGGGUGGCUAUAUUGGAUUAAUCCUUUAUCUUACAGCUUCGAGGCAGUCUUAACAAAUGAGCUCUCGGACCAACUGAUGGAUUGCGCCCCUGAGCAGCUCGUCCCUCGAGGUUCUAACAUCCUACCCGGGUAUCAAGGGUGCGCUCUUACUGGCUCUAAGCCAAAUUCCCAAGUAGUUGCGGGCAGUGACUACUUACAAACUGCCCUUGGCUAUAGCCGUUCGAACCUGUGGCGAAAUUUUGGUGUUGUAAUUGCUUUCUCGAUUCUCUAUCUCCUAAUCACAGUUUUCGCGACGGAGAUGUUCGAUUUCUCAUCUGACGGCGGCGGUGCUCUAAUCUUCAAGAAGAGUCGAAGAGCGAAGAAGCAAGCUCAGAAGGCUGCUACGCCAUCCGACAUUGAGAACGGAGGUGCCGACAGCAGUGGGUCUUCCGCUACCAGGGUCGAGAACUCCCAGGCUACUAGUGAGGAGCAGAACGAGGCAUUAGGACAACUAACAAAGAGCGAAUCAAUAUUCACUUGGCGAGACGUCGAGUACACCGUACCCUACCUCGGCGGCCAGCGUAAGCUUCUAAAUAAAGUCAACGGCUAUGCGAAGCCUGGUAUCAUGGUCGCACUCAUGGGUGCUUCCGGCGCUGGCAAGUCGACCUUGCUAAAUACUCUGGCGCAACGACAGCGAACUGGUGUGGUAACAGGUGAGAUGUUCGUUGACGGAAAGCCGCUGGGACCCGAGUUCCAACGGAAUACGGGAUUCUGCCUCCAAGGAGAUCUUCACGACGAAACUCAAACCAUUCGAGAAGCCAUCGAGUUCUCUGCUCUGUUGCGACAAGAAGCGUCCGUUCCCCGAACCGAGAAACUCGCAUAUGUAGACAAGAUUAUCGACCUGCUCGAACUCAAUAAUCUUCAGGAUGCGAUCAUCAGCUCGCUCGGCGUUGAAUUACGCAAGCGACUUACCAUUGGUGUGGAGCUCGCUGCCAAGCCGUCCCUACUUCUGUUCUUAGAUGAGCCAACAUCCGGUCUUGAUUCCCAGUCAGCCUACUCAAUCGUCACUUUCCUUAAGAAGCUCUGCGCUGCUGGCCAAGCUAUCGUCUGUACUAUCCACCAACCGAGCUCAGUCUUAAUCCAACAAUUCGAUAUGGUACUUGCUCUUAACCCGGGAGGAAACACUUUCUAUUUCGGUCCCAUCGGAGAAAAUGGCAAGGAUGUCAUAGACUACUUUGCCCAGCGUGGGGCUACAUGCCCUCCUGAGAAAAACGUCGCCGAGUUCAUUCUCGAAACUGCCGCGCGACCUCAUAGGCGACCUGAUGGUACCAAGGUUGACUGGAACGAGGAAUGGAGGAACAGCGAGCAGGCACAAGCAGUUAUCGAAGAGAUUGAUGGCCUCAAGAGAGUCCGUAGCACGGUGCCACAUGGUGGUGAAAUCUCAAAUGAACGGCAAAGGGAGUUCGCCGCAUCAGCUUGGGUACAGACAGUCGAAUUGACGAAGCGCAUGUUCAGACAAUACUGGCGUAAGUCGUCUUAUCUAUACGGAAGACUAUUCGUCGCGGUACUUAUCGGCAUCUUUAACGGAUUCACAUUCUGGAAACUCGGAAAUAGUGUCCAGGAUAUGCAGAACCGCAUGUUCACCAUAUUCCUGAUCAUCAUAAUUCCAGCCACCAUCGUCAACGCCGUCGUACCUAGGUUCGACCAAAAUCUAGGCCUGUGGCAAGCCCGCGAGUAUCCUUCUCGGAUUUACGGCUGGGUAGCCUUCAGUACUGCUAACAUCGUUGCUGAAAUCCCCGCUGCCAUAGCUUCUGGUAUUAUAUAUUGGGCUCUAUGGUGUUGGCCUAGCGGCCUCGCUGAUAAUAGCUUGUCUGCUGGAUACUCGUUCAUAAUGACGGUGCUUAUGUUCCUGUUCAUGACCAGCUGGGGUCAGUGGAUUUGCGCGUUUGCACCUAGCCUGAGAGUCAUUGACAACGUGUUGCCAUUCUUCUUCGUCAUGUUUAGUUUAUUCAACGGUGUAGUACGAUCCUACUCAACACUCCCUGUGUUUUGGAGGUAUUGGAUGUACUGGGUCAACCCCUCUACAUACUGGAUCGGCGGCAUGCUAGCUGCGUCGAUUGAUGGGGUUCCUGUCCACUGCGACCCGUCAGAGACUGCUCAGUUUAACGCGCCUCCGAACGAAACUUGUCAGUCCUACGCUGGCGAGUUUACACGGAAUUUCGGAGGCUAUCUUCUCAAUCCUGAGGCCACAACUGGGUGCCAGUACUGCCCGUACAGUGUUGGCAAUGAAUAUCUUGCCACACUAAAUAUUAACGCUAGCGAAAUAUGGCGAGACUUCGGCAUCUUCCUAGCUUUCUGCAUUUCUAAUUGGGCUCUUGUAUACUUCUUCAUAUACACGGUGCGAAUUCGCAACUGGAGCUUCGGACUUGGUUAUGUCUUCGGUGCUCUGGGUAAGCUCGUCAAGUUAUUAAAGCGAUAA